AUAAUUAGAAUAUUUAAUUAAUUUAUGUUCGAGUUUGGUACUAUAUUUUUGGAUCGGUAUCGGUUAUGUUCCUCGGAUUCAUUUUUCCUAAUACUAAUAAUUACAUGAAAAACAAAUAUCAACAUAUUUUUCAAAAUAUAUACCCGCGCAGGCGCGCGGGUCAAAGUCUAGUAACUAUUUAAAAAACAAUACAGUAUCUAUCACUCACCCAGUUUGCUCCACCAGAGUAGAGAAUCAUGAAUAUAUAGAACAUAAUUGUGAAUAUCGUUAUUGAGAUAUGUAUAAAUUUAGUUAAGGAAACUGUUUAUAUUCUUAUAUUCCUAUAUAAGUUGUACAUGUAUAAGAUUUUAUCAUUUUAUCAUUAUGAGAGUUAAUAUACAAUUCUUCCAAUCAUAUACUCUCAUCGUUCUGUACACAUUUUCACACGCAUCUCCUGCAACCUUAAACAUUCUAACCUGUUGAAAUCAUAUACCCUAUAAUCCCAUGCCUACUAUAUAGCUUUCACCAACCUUAACACAAAGGAUAAAACAAUCAAAACCAAAAGGCAGCCUGAAGAGGGAGAGAUUCGAGUGAUCUUUUCAGAGGAUAAACAAAAAGACUCUGUCAGACAGUGCAGAAUGUGCUGGCUACACUAAGAAAGAAAGAGACCACAUAAAAAGAAACCAACUCACAGGUAAUGAUAUAAUUCCAAACCGCAGAGGAACCAACCACAGAUAUUGGCAAGCAUAACAUCUAACCAAUCAGUCAUGGUCUCUCACUCCCAACAUUCCACAUGCCAGUACCUUUUUUAUUUCCUCGUUUUAUCUUUACAAAACUCGAUAUAACCCAACAAACAAAAGUUACAUAAGAUAGAUAGAACAUCAGUGUGAAAGGUUCAACCUUUUUUUUAACUUUCAUCGUUUAAACAUGGGAAUAACACUUUCAUCUCUCAUUAAUCAAAUUAAGGAUCAUAUAACACAAGAUCAAGGUACAAACUUUAUAAUCGAAAACAAUGUCAUAGAGCGGGGCGAUUGAGGGGUGAUUGUAAGAAGGACGAGCGGGGCGUCAACGGCCAAGAUUGGACAGAUGAGUAUCGCUGCCGUUGACGGAGACGUAACUGUCGUUAGAGAUUACUCCCUCCGUUUCAAUAUAGAUGAUGUUUUAGAAGAAGUAUUUUGUUUCAAUUUACAUGAAGUUUUGAAGUUUUAAGGUUAACUUUAACUUUAUUGAAAAAUGUUCAGCCAAUUAGAUUUUACCAACUUUUUUAUAAUUGGUUAAAUGAUUUAAAAACUAUAUUUUUUAAAAUAUUUUUUACUUAGAUCUAACUUUCUUAAUCUUUGUGCACUAAGGCAAAAUAUCAAGUAUUAUGAAACGGAGGGAGUAUUAUGAAACGGAGGGAGUAUUUGGCAAUAUGGGAACAACGACGUUUAGUGGACAAAAGACGAAGAAUGUUGAGAUAUUUACCUUGGGCUUUUAUUCAUUAAGCCCAUAUAAGUGUAGUGGAUUCUAGUCUUUACUACAACAACCACCAAACAUAUAAACUACCCCUAAUUUUCCUACGCUUCAUUUCUUAUUUCCAUUUUUUUUAACUUUCUUCAUAUUUGUCGAAGUGUAAUAUGGUUACUUUGUUUUUCUUCUGGAAAUUAUAUUGUAUUAAUUUAUAAGAAGUUUACAAAUUGAGGUAUACUCCAGUACAUAUUACCCCACUAGAGAGCACAUACCAACCCUUAAAAGAGUAGAACAAACCUAUGAAAAACACAUCCAUAGAAUGUAAUUAACACUCAUAAAAAGAUGUAACAUAUUUCUCAUAUAGAGAAGUAAAUAAAGCUGCCUAUUAGGAGUUUAGGACGAGAUGGUUUGAGGUCCGAGAUCAAGAUAUUACCGCCCAACAAAAUUCUAUUACAAGGGUAUACAAUCGCUAUAAAAUAUGUUUGUGAGAUAUUGUUGGUUUUGACGAUUGCUUCUUGUGUUGCUUGUUCGUGUGGAUUUUGAGAAUUCUUGGAAGUGGUUUUGGUUUGGCUUUUCUCUGGUUUGACGUGAUAGCCUCGAUCUUGAUUUUAUGUUUCAUCAUUGCUCCCUAGUUAGCGUUUGUAAGAUGUGUGUGGCCGUGGUUCUGUGUUUUACUCCUACAAGUGUUAGCUUUGCCCGGCAGCUUAGGUUUCGCCAUUGCGUUGGGCUUUCCUCAAUUCCCCUUCUUGCUUUUGCCAUCAUUCUCUGUUAAGCAUUGAGAGGUCGUCUCUUCUUCUUAGGGUUGGACUUGUUAUGUGGUCCAAGAUAAGGUUUCUUUUCAGUAUCCUAGUUCUACCGGUUUAGUUGCCAUCGUUUGAUCCCAUAAGUUUUUCACUUGUUCUUUAUUGUGUACAUUUUCAUUUUGUUAUCAUUCAAAUGUCAUUAAUAGAAAACAAUUGGUUUUUGAUUAAACAAGAAGAAAACUAUUGGUUAAAAAAAACUUAUAGAAUAAAUAGUAUUAUUUAUUGCUUCCAUUUCAAAAUUCCGUUUCAAAAUUAGUGUCGUUUUAGUUUCUAACAUUUGUUUCACUAUAAGCUCAAACAAAACAAUAUUAUAGUUCUGGUCAUACAAAAAAUCAGUAAGUUUUUAAUCGACAUUUAAUAUAAAACAUAUCGAAUAUAUGAUAAUCCACUUUCUAUUUUUAUAAUUCUAUUAUUAUUUGAAGAAUUUUGAAGGAGAAAAUUGUUGGUAAAAAUGAAGAUUUUUUUAAUCUCUAUAUUUUAUUAAAACCCUAGAGUCAGUCCUAGUGACUCACUUGCCAUUGUUUCGCUACGGUAGAACUACUUGAACUUCUAAUUACUAUUGUCUUCCUACUUAUUGUCAUAUCUCAAUAAAUAUAACACCCGACAGUAAACUUAAAUAAUUCAGUUCUUGACAUGAUAACAGGAAACACAUCGUCAAUUUGCUUUCCUCAUUGAAUGAAAACAAGUCUCUGCUUCUUUCACCUAACUUCUUUUAUCACUCUGCCUCCUUCGUUCAUAAAUUAAAUUCCUUUUUCAAGGAGUAGUAACUUUUAGUGAAUAAUAAAAGUAAAAGUAAAUGCUUAUCAUCUAACUCAGUCCCACAUAUAAACACACACACACAACAACAAAACCAUUCACUAAUUCAAAUCUCAAAAUCAGAAAACAUAUGAUUAUCAUUAUGAUAAUAUGCGCAAGAAAUUAAACUCACGUUAACUGGGCCAGGCCCAUGAGCAAAGGUAAGGAGUAAAACUGUACAUGCAAGCGAUCUGAAUAAAACAACGCUCGCGGCAUCUCUUGUUCUUCGCAGAUACAAAGAACUUACCUGGAGAGAGUAAGGAUCCGGAUCCGAUACCUGAACAUGCCAAACGGGUGGAUCAAGUUCACGUCAUUACAUUGCAAGUCAAAGGCUUUCGAUGAUGUCUACGACUUUAACAGUUACAGCUGUAGAAAGAGCUCACAUUGUAGCAAAGACGUGAUCGAUACAAGAAUAGGUAAGAAAAACCUGAAACCCGAUCCGAAGUUAAGGCGUUUGAAAUCAUGUCGAGCUGAACCGGAGCUGAACCCACCUACCCGGACCCGACGGAGCAAAUCUGCCCGAACGUCCGACGCGCUGACCGAGCUGCCCGAUGGCCACCCGUCAAGAAACGUAGUGGAGAUUAUAUUCCAGUCUAGCUGGAGCCCUGAUGAAUUUCCGAGUCGGGUUGAGAUGAUUUACAAAGUGGAGAACGGGUCAAGAACUGUGACCCGGUUCGAGGAGUACAGAGAGGUUGUGAAGUCACGUGCGGGUAUAAAAGGGGAUCGAGAAGGCACUUGUGAAGAAGACGUACGGUGCUUGGCCGACGGCAACGAGAUGAUGAGGUUUUAUCCACUCCCGGACGGGGUUAACGGUGGCGCGUGGGCUUUCUCCGGCGGGAAAAGUCAGGCUGUGUGUACGUUUUCAAGUAGCGGUGAAGCGCAUGCGAGCGGCGGAGGUGGCGGAGGAAGGAGGGCGAUGCUGAUUUGUCGAGUGAUAGCGGGUCAGGUUGCGAAUAGAGUCGGGUUCGGGUCGGACUCAGUAGCUGGUCGUGACGGUGAGUUGUAUGUCUUUGAUACACGAGCGGUGUUGCCUUGUUUCCUACUCAUUUUCAGGUUGUAAAAAUAAUAAUAAUAAUUUUUCGAUUCAACUUUUUUUUUUUCUUUUCUAAGUAUCGAUAACGAUGUAUUGUAAUUUAUUGGUUUAUAUUUAAUUUUUUUAUAAACUUGACCUGAUUUCAAAUACUCGAUCCUAUUCGAUUCA